AUGGCUGCCCCGAAAGGGAAACUGAGGCUGGAGGUUCGCUCGGUGUACAUACCUUACAUCCACUCGAUUGAGACGGACAAGCUGCAGUCCGAGCUGCGAGUCGACUACGAUUUCUUGUGGAAAGCAUCCGAGGAAGAGCUCGAGCGUUUCCGUGAGAACCCGUUGGAGUACAAGCCCGACUUCACGCCCAGCGUCGUCCUCCAGAAUGGCUGGGAGCUCACCGUGGAGAACGUCAAGUUCGCCAACGGCAACGAGUACGAAAUCGAGCCCAACGGGAAGAACAAGAUGCGCAUCAAGGUGUACGGGACCUUCAUCCAGAACUUCGACCUCAGGGAGUUCCCGUUCGACGAGCAGGUGCUCGAGAUCAACCUGACGCUGGCCUUCAUGAGCGCCGACGAUAUCUUCUUCUCAGAGGAGGAGGGCAACACCGGCAACACCACAUGCGUCCUCACCGACUUCACGAGCCUCCCAGACUGGCACCUGGUCCGCGCGGGAACGCAUCCGUACGUCAAGGACAACUUCUGGUACCUCAAAACAAGCAUUUACGUCAGCCUGCUCCCCACUGGCCUGAUCACGUGUUCGUCGCUGACGUACUAUGCCACGGACCCGUCCGCCGCCGACGUGCGGCUCAGCGUCCUCGGCACGGUGCUCCUGACGCUCGCGGCGCUGCAGUUUGCCAUGACGACGUACCUGCCGAUGACGCCGGACCUCACGUUCGCGGACGAGUACAUCACAGCGUCCUUCGUGGUGACGUUCGGCGUCCUGGUGAUCACGUCGCUGGUCGCGAAGUUCGACACCGAGGGCUACAUCGGGAACAUCGAGGAAGUCGACGACAUGUCGUUCGUCGGCGUCACAGCCGUCAUGAUCAUCCUGCAGGUCUACUACAUCUGCAGGGGCUACUACUUGUACCGGCAGGACCUGGACACGCGGAAGCGCGACGAAGACGGCGACAUCUCGCGCUUCUCCGGCCAGAACGAGGACGUCACGUCGAAGGGCUUCGUCGACAUUCUGGCGAAGCCGGGCGCCAGGAAGCCGUGGUUUGCGCACAGCCAACGCCAUCUCGCGACGCAGACGACGAAGCGCAGGCGGUCCGCGGCCGCAGCGGUGCAGCCGCUGCCGCAAGUCGUGCGAGGCGCGCAGUAG